AUGGAUCGGGUCUGUGCGCUACGGAGACAUCGCAGCGCCUGAAUUUGCCUCUCUCUAUUCCGAGCCAUAUCCUUCUGCACUUCAUCUCUUUAACUGGGUUUUGGGCAGGUACCGAUCUCAAAGUGCUUGCCGAAUUCUUUCUGCGAAGUUUUCCCACAGACCAUCGAAUGAGCGAUAACAGUUUCUGGCAGUGGAGCUGAGGCACUAAUACCUUGAGACCUUCAGUUUUAUGCUUUCUUGACUUGCCAAACAGUAGCCCAAUUCUUCAGGACUUGCAGCAGUGUGAAAUGUAAUCAGUGUUCGUGCGUUUUGGUUCUGGAAUGAUGACUACUGCAGAAGUUGUCAAGAAGAAGGAAAAUUAUACUAGUGUGCAUGAAGCAGUGAAAGCUGGGGAUGUAGACCAGCUUGCAUCGAUGAUAAAAAGUGGAGCCAGUAUUAAUGAGGUGGAUGUAGUUCACAAGUUCACACCCUUGCAGUGUGCUGCCCACUCGGGAAGUCUGGAGUGCCUUCGGUGGCUGCUGUGGCAGGGAGGCGACACCACGCGUGCGACUGGGAGAGGCUGGACAGCGGCUCACCUCGCGGCCAUCCGCGGGCAGCAUGCCUGCCUGCAGGCGCUGCUGCGGAGCGGAGCGGAGGCGGCGGCCCGGGACGAGCGCGGGUGCACGGCCGCGCACCUGGCUGCAGCCCACGGGCACCCGCGCACCCUGCGGAGCCUGCUGCGCUCCGGGGCGGAUGUAAAUGUUUCAGACAGGAAUGACUGGAAACCUGUUCAUUAUGCUGCUUUUCACGGUCGCUUGGGGUGUUUGCAGCUUCUUGUUCGAUGGGGAGCGUGUGUAGAUGAUGUGGAUAACAAUGGAAACCUUCCAGCACAUCUGGCAGCAGCGGAAGGACACUUGCAUUGCUUUAAGUUCUUGGUUGGGAAAAUGGCCAGUCUUACGCACACUCUGAAAGCCAGGAAUGACCAUGGAGAGACUCCAAGGGACUUGGCUGAACGGUUCUAUAAAGAUAGAAUUCUGCAAUAUAUUGAUGGGGUGGAAAAAGAGAAGGAACAUCCAGAGACGCAGGAAGUUUUAGCUUUCCCAGCUCAUGAUGCUGCUUUCAAGGGGGACUUGGUAGUGGUUAGAAGACUAGUGAGAAGUGGAGUAGUCAAUAUCAAUGAGCGUGAUAAUAAGGGAUCCACUCUCCUGCACAAAGCUGCUGAACGGGGCCAUAUCCAUUGCUUACAGUGGUUGCUUGAAACGGGAGCUGACUGUGACAUUACAAAUGAUGCUGGAGAGACUCCAGAGGAUGUAGCCAAGAGAUUUCGCCAUCUGGCAGCUGUGGAACUUUUGACACCAAGAACUGCAAAUGAUAACUCAAGUGAUGAAGAACUAGAUGCAAACAACAUGAAGUUUUUUGAAACACAUGGUGUGGAAGGGAGUACAGAUAGCAAAGAAGAUUUAACCCUGGAUAAAGCAGAGAAAAGGAAUGCACGCAUGAGGGCCUAUCACAAGAUUAAAGAACUUCAGCGACUUCUAGAAAUUGCCUACAGCAACUACAGACAGCUGGGGGGAGUAACUGAAGAGGAGAAGAAGAUGAAAAAAGAAGAAAGGAAAGUUGAGAAGGCUGUGCGGGAGCUGGAGGCCCAGCUGGAAUAUGAGCGAGUCAGGCGGGAGAAGCUGGAGAGCCAGCUGGAUGAUUACCGUGCUGAGAUAAACCAGCUCCGACAGGGCCGGGGGAAGACCCGCACCGCCUCUGCUGCCUCCGCGGAAGCUGAGACAAUGGCCAAGUCUUGCGAAGACAACCAGCAGCAGCAAGCCUGCAGCCCAGGAGGAGUGAGACUAUGCUGAGGAACAAACCUCAAAGGAGGGGCAGCAGACUGUGGGGGUAUAAAAACAAUAUUACAGAUAAUGCAAAGUGUUUGCACACUCCAGCUCUGCGGGUGAGCUGUGGGUCUCUACCUUUCACUGAACUGUUUCUUGUUCUCUAGUUCUCCGACCCAAGAACAGGAAAGG